AGCUUGAUGCUUUUAAGCUACAAGCGUGCCUUGACCUACAGGCCAACACUGAAGCCCAGCGGUGCUCUGUGGAGUAUGUCCGACCCGGCAGUGUCGUUGUUGGCUUCAACUUAUUGGCGCCAGAAAACCAGUCACCUGAAGCCUUCUCUGAGCAGUUACAGCAGCACGAUGCAGGUGCCCUGUUUUCGCCGCAGUUCAUGGCGAACUACAAUGUAUCUGAAGUAUUGGUCACAACAGUAACCGUUUUGUACCCGUCACCGUCAUUGCCACUGCCUCCUCUCCCUUUAACCCAUCCUCCCUCACGACAACCUCUGCCUUUUCCAUCGUCGCCAGCUCCAAUGCCUGCAACCCCGCCCUCGCCUCCAUCACAUCCCCCGCCAACACCGCCUUCCACGCCACCGCCACCGCCUCCAUCGCACCCCCCUCCAACACCACCUUCCACACCGCCACCCUCGCCUCCAUCUCAGCCCCCGCCAACACCGCCUUCCACGCCACCACCCUCGCCUCCAUCUCAGCCCCCGCCAACACCGCCUUCCACGCCACCGCCCUCGCCUCCAUCUCAGCCCCCGCCAACACCGCCUUCCACGCCACCACCCUCGCCUCCAUCUCAGCCCCCGCCAACACCACCUUCCACGCCACCGCCCUCGCCUCCAUCUCAGCCCCCGCCAACACCACCUUCCACGCCACCGCCCUGGCCUCCAGCACAUCCCCCGCCAUCACCACCUUUCAUCCCGUCACCUUCGGCCAUAUUUCCCAUGCCGCCGCUCUCGUUCAUACCAUUACCGUUGCCACCGUCACCUUUAUCUCCAAUUACCAAUUCCUCACCACCGGCCCCUUCAUCGCCGUCACCUCCGCCUCCCUACAGGAAUCCCUCACCACCGCCACCCUCUCCACGGACAUCGCCUCCGCCUCCGUUCACCAAUCCCUCACCUCUACCUCCUCCACCACCGCCACCGCCUCCUUUCGUCAUUCCCUCACCUCGACCUCCUCCACCACCGCCCCCGCCACCUCCUCUUCCACCGCCAUCUCCGUAUCCCACCACUCCACCCGUGCAAUCGCCCCCGCGACAGCCUUCGUUCCAGCCUCCGUCACCCCAAACGCCCCUCUUGCCUCCUCUCCCUCAAUCUUUACCGCCCCCCGUCAACAUUCCAUCCAUUCCGUCACCCAUGCCCCCGACUUCUCCUCCUCGUUCACCGGCUCUCUUUCCGCUGUCCCCACUGUCUCGAGGUCCGCCACCAUCCCCACCUGGCCCGCCUGAACUACCCAGAUCCACCCCACCACCUCCACCUCCUCGUGCAAGGAAGAAACCACCGUCUCACAAACCCAAGGGCCGGCCACCCCCUAGCAGCCCUCCAUUACCGAUGCCAUCCCGGUCAUCACCCUAUCCCCAACCACUACCUCCUCAUCCGCCCCCUCCUCCUUCGCGACCUUCCCCGAAACCCCCACCUUCACCGCCUCGUGCAAAGAAGAAACCUCCUCCUAGUAAUCCCCCGAUUCUGGUACCCCCCAGCCCACCACCAUCUACCCCUCCAACGGAUCCACCAGUACCGGCUCUUCCACAACCUAGCCCUCCAGAUCCACCCAGCCCGGCCCCCAGCCAACCACCAACACCGCCAAGAGUAUCGUGGGCCACGUCUGCAGCAGCCGCUAGUGAUCCGUCGGGGAGCAGCAUCCAACCAGGAGCAGUGAGCCACUUGGUGGGGUCGCCAAGCUCCGUCAAACGUUGUCAAGCAGCACCGGAGAAAGCAUGGUUACCGACAAAGGCGGUUCCUCGUUACGCGGUGGCCUACUUCAACCAGACACCGACAGCCACUGGCGGCCAGGUGGCUGGUGUGGUGCUGCAAGUGCUCUACCUGGGCAGCCUCACGCCCCCCAUUGCCUCCAUUGACCUGUUGCUGAGAACA